AGACCGAGAGAGGAGUGUCAGAACAGCGCCUAGAGAGAGACACGGAGACUGAGAGAAAGAGAAAGAGAAAACUGGAACAAGGGUUAGGAAUUGACAUGGGCUCUCCAAAUGCGAGGCGAGCUGAGUCCGUGGAAGGAAGAGCAGCCGUGAAGCUAGGAGAAACACAACAGCCCGAGCAGACUGGACUCUGGUGACCGAGACCCUGCUGCUGUAUUCUCUUCAUCAUCCCAUUCUCCUCGUGAUCCAGACUCAGAGAUCUGCUCCUCCAUCCUGCAUUUGACCUUGGGAGGGCCUGCCUUCCUGAUCCAGGAAGAUGCCGAUUCUCAAGCAGCUAGUGUCCAGCUCGGCCCACUCGAAGCGCCGGUCACGAGCAGACCUCACAGCAGAGAUGAUAAGCGCUCCCCUGGGUGACUUCCGCCACACCAUGCACGUGGGGCGUGCUGGGGAUGCCUUUGGGGACACCUCCUUCCUCAACAGUAAGGCUGGGGAGCCAGACCCCGAGUCCCUUGAAGAGCAGGCGAGUGCUACCUCCUCAUCUAAACCCAGUCUUCUGUCUCGAAAGUUUCGGGGCAGCAAAAGGUCUCAGUCAGUAACACGAGGAGACCGACGGGACAUGCUGGGCUCUCUGCGGGAUUCUGCUCUUUUUGUGAAGAAUGCGGUGUCCCUGCCACAGCUCAACGAGAAAGAGGCAGCAGAGAAGGGGUCUGGCAAGCUGCCCAAGAGCCUUUCGUCCAGUCCUGUAAAGAAGGCAGCCACUGGAGGGGCAGAGGAGGAAGAGGUGGAGGAGGACGGAGGAGCUGGGGAGAAGACACCCCGUCUGAAUGGAUCUGGGGGUGCCCACUCUCCUGACCCCAUCCUUGAUGAGCGGGCCUUUGGGGACAUCACAGACCUGCCUCACGUACCCAAGGCUGGCUAUGGGUUGAAGCAUGCAGAAUCUAUUAUGUCCUUCCAUAUUGACCUGGGGCCCUCCAUGCUGGGGGAUGUCCUUAGCAUCAUGGACAAGGAUGAGUGGGACCUAGAGGAAGAGGACGGUUGUCACGCUGACGAGGGCCCCAGCCACAGCAGCCAGCCCCCUCUUCCUGCCGCUGUUCCUCUGCUACAGCAGGAAGGGAAGCCUGGUCCGGACUCCCCGCUGCUGCCUCCCUGCACUUUGGAGGAUGAGGGAUGGGCGGCAGCAGCUCCCAGCCCAGCCUCUGCUCGCAGUGUGGGCAGUCAUACCACAAGGGACAGCAGUUCCAUCUCCAGCUGUGCCUCUGGAAUCCUGGAGGAACGAAGCCCCGCUCUCCAUGGGCUGGAGAGGGCUCGGGUCCCUCUCGCCCGACAGCCGAACAAAGAGUUCUCCUUUAUGGACGAGGAAGAGGACGAGAUCCGUGUGUGAAAGGGGGGCGGGGGGAGUGUGGAGUGGCUCUGCACAACUGACUUGUUUUUGUCCCCACUCCCUGUGACUUUUCACCUUUCUAUGGGGCUCCCAGAGUCCAGGUAGAAUAGCCCUUUGAAGGGUCCUUGGCAGGAAGUCUUAGUUGCAGGAGACACCUCUGUAAUUCACCUUUGCCUGUGAAUAGAAUAUUUGACCCUCUUUGUGACUGCUCCUAGAUGUGGGAUUUGGUGGAACCUGUGAGUCAAGCAACUCUGGGUUGGAGCGGGUGGGGAUGGAUUAUUUACCUGACGUCUACGGACAGCUUGCUGUUAGCCAAGACAUCCAGGGGUCAGGGAUGUUUUCUUGGCCAAGGAACACUUCAACAUGAAGCAGGAAUCCAUUUUCCAACUUUCUUUCUAGUUCCCUUCACUCUUACCUUUUCCCAAAUGAAUGCCAGAUGUCAACUUGAUUGCCUCUCCACGUUAAGCAAUACCAGGGCAGCAGAGCCAGACCUCUAUUUGAUCUCUGUUUCUCCGGCUCAUAAUGUGUCUCCCUCUUUUCUCCCUUCCCAUUCCAUGCAUCUCCCUCUCUCCCACUCUGUGUAGCUUCCUCCUCUCCCCCAAUUUGUGUCUUUCUAAACCUCUCCCACCCCUCCACCCUCUUCCCACCCCAUGUUUCUCAUUCCCCAUUGAUUUUUAUCUUGAUUUGUAACUUUGUUUUCUGGCUGCUAGCCGUUGCUGGAAAGAGGUUUGAGCAUGAGAGGAAAGGGUUGGCAUUACAUAUGGUGCAGGUGGGGGAGUCCUCUGAGAAGCCGCCCCCCCUCCCCCAUGUACCUAUUUUCUUUGCUCAUGUUUCUGUUUUAAUAGGAGGUUGGAACAGGGGAAACUGUUGGGAGGAGAACUAUAAAGUUCUUGGAGUCUGGUUGGGAAAUGUUCCCCUUUCCACUCCCCCUCCUCUGGGAGCUCUCUUGCUGCCCCUUUCUAAGAACAGAAGUUGGGAGGAGCUUAGGGUUCCCCCAAACGGGUCUGGGCCUCCCUUUGUCUUGGAGGGUAAGAAGCUUGGCUGUGGGGGGAAGACAAGCAGUGGUUUGGGAGCUGUAGCCCAUCCCUCCUUCUGGAGCUCCCCUCCCCCUCAGCAAUGCUCCAUUCCUGCCUCCCAGAACCCCGGGCAGGAAGUCUGGGGCCCCUUGGAGUUAAACAGCACCAGGUGGCUGGGUUGGGAUAGUAUACGUGGAAAAUCUCUCCUUUCCCACAGCAGCCUCUGGGGAGCAAGGAGAAGAUGAUGAUGGGAAGGCUCUGAGAAGGGCCCCCAGGUUGGGAUUCUGAAAUUUAGUCUACCCAAAUGGGAGUAGUGAUAAUAACAAAACACGGGUGCCCAAACCACAGGGACCAGCUAUUGACUCAGCCUGCUUUUUUUUUCUUCUUUCAAAUAAUGUGGGUGUAGUUUUUCUUUUUAAUUUUAAUCUAGUUCCUUUAAGGGAAAAAAAGGCCCUUAUGGUGAGUAGGGUUCUUCCCAGACUUACCUGUUCUCUUCCCUGACCUGCACUAUUCCCCUUUUCUUAAGAGUUUCAUUUACCAUCUCUUGGGCUGGUAGUGGGAAUCUUCCCACUGGUGAGAAGGUUGACCGCCCCCCCCCCCCAGAGCUGUACAAGUUGUACUGUGUUAGUGGUCAGCCUUGCUCUCGUAUUAGGGUUUCACCACAGACUGACCUCAGAGGUCAUUUACUCCAGUCAUCCCUUAACAGGAAUCCCCUCCACAGCAUAGCAUCCCUGACAAGUGGUCCUCCAGCACUGAUUUAAAGACUUCUGGUAAGUGAGAAACCAUUACCUCCCAUGUUGGCUUAGCUCUUUUUGUUAGGAAAUCUUUCCUUACGUUGAUCUUAACUUGGCCUUUCUACCACUUCUACCCACUGCUCCUAGUUCUGCCUUUAAGGCCCCAAGAACAAAUCUCUGGUUCCUCCUGCAAAUACUUUAAGGCAGCUAACAGAUUCCCAACCCAAAAUCUCAUCUCCAGCAUAAACACCCCCAUUUUCUUCAACUAGUCCUCAAAAAGGCUUGACCUCCAGCCCUCCUAUUCAACCUUUUUCUUAUCUGAAAGCUACCCUGCUUGCCCCCUCUUCUUUCUUCUUGACAUAGUGGUUUUGGGCUGGGUGAGAAGCCCAAAGAAUCAAAUAAACUAUAGCCUAGGUCUGGAACUGGGGGGUAGGGGGGGAGAAGAUGAGAGGGAGGGGAUAGAACAAGACUGAAGCAACUAGUGACACAGGUGAUGACGACUAUAUGAAACACUAACUUAGCUCUUUAAAAGCACAGACUUGGGUGAUGUCCAUGGCCAGUGACAGUUCUGAAUCACAAAGGGAUAAUGAGCCUAUUGGGACAGGGAGAGGGGAAUGGGGAUGAACCCCACCCCUGUGUGGGCAGCACAUGAAAUGUUUACUGGUGAUGAUGUAGCACACACUAAAAUGCAUAUUCUUUUUUUUUUAAAUGAGGCCUAUGGAAGACAGAGUGGAAACAUUAAAAAUCCUUAGUGAUG